UACUCAACUGCUCUCGUAGAAUGUUUGGAGCCUCCAGUUUUGACAGAGCCAAUGUAUAAGCGUAUUUAAAUUUUACAAUUUUACCAAAGCAAAAACCAAAAUCUUAAAAAGAAAAAUAUGGGUCGAAGCAAUCUCUUACCGAUCGUGUUAUCCAUCCUUGUCACAUAUGGUUUUGUCUCUGUGUCCGGAGAGAUUUGCGUGAACACUGCCGGUACUUUCAGGCCAAACACUACGUAUGACUCAAACCGUCGACUCAUUCUCUCGUCUCUUGCCUCUAAUGUCACGGCUCGAGACAGCUUCUUCUACACCUCUUCGAUUGGGCAAGAACAAGACCGAGUCUACGUAACGAGCUUAUGCAUCCCUGGAGCUGAAUCAAAGGAUUGUUCAGAUUGUAUUACCGAGGGGGUUACAGAGUUAAUACAAAACUGUCCUAACCAAACAGAGGCUUUCUCAUGGCCAGAAACUAAAACUCUCUGCAUGGUUCGUUACGCCAACCGUUCAUUCACUGGAUCGAUGGAUCUAGAGCCGCACACGUUAAGGUGGAACAACGGAAACGUCACCAUUAACAUGUCCGAAUUCGACAGAAUUUGGGAUUCGUUUAUGCUUCGGAUGAUAGAUUCGGCUUCCAGUGGACGCAAUGGAGCUUCAUCGUCUUCUAGUAACAAGUAUUACGCCGUGGAUAUGACUUCAUUGACGACGUUUCAGCGAGUUUAUGCGUUGAUGGAGUGCACCCCGGAUUUAUCACCGGGGAACUGCGACGCUUGUCUUCGAGCAAGUGUUAGGAGCUACCAAGAGUGUUGCCGUGGGAAUCAAGGCAGCGUUGUUAUUAGGCCGAGCUGUUUUUUCCGGUGGGAACUUUAUCCUUUCUUUGGAGCCUUUGAUAAUAUUACUUUGACGACGGCACCUCCACCGCAGCCUUCAACUGGCGAUAGGGACGAUGGCGAUUCGCUUUCAGUGGGAGCUAUUGUGGGUAUUGUUGUAGCUACCGUCGUCAUCUUCUUGCUGCUGCUCGCUCUUGUGUUUGCCUUUUAUCGGAGGAAAAAAUCUUACCGAGAUGUUGACUUUCAAUCUGGUGAUGAUAUUUCAGUUACACAUUCGUUGCAAUUCGAUUUUAAGACGAUUGAAGCUGCUACGGAUAAUUUUUCGACGAGCAACAGGCUAGGUCAAGGUGGAUUCGGUGUAGUAUACAAGGGUAUACUUCCAAAUGGAAAUGAAGUAGCCGUUAAGAGACUGUCGAAAACAUCAGGACAAGGUGCACAAGAGUUCAAGACAGAGGCUGCUCUAGUAGCAAAGCUUCAACAUCGAAACCUGGUUAGGCUUCUUGGGUUUUGUCUUGAAGGAGAUGAAAAGAUUCUCGUCUACGAGUUCGUUCCAAACAAGAGCCUUGAUUAUCUAUUGUUUGACCCUAAAAAGCAAGGUCAACUGGAUUGGACAACGAGAUACAAUAUCAUUACUGGUGUUGCUCGAGGGGUUCUAUAUCUUCAUCAAGAUUCAAGGCUUACAAUCAUACACCGUGACCUUAAAGCUAGUAACAUUCUUUUAGAUGCAGAUCUGAACGCCAAGAUUGCGGAUUUUGGCAUGGCCAGGAUUAUUGGUGUUGAUCAAACCCUGGACAAUACUAGCAGAAUAGUUGGAACAUAUGGUUAUAUGUCUCCCGAGUACGCAAUGCAUGGCCAGUACUCCACAAAAUCUGAUGUCUAUAGCUUUGGGGUUUUAGUUCUUGAGAUCAUGAGUGGCAAGCGCAAUAGCAGCUUCAACCAGACAGACAACAAUUCUAGCAAUUUGGUCACAUAUGCAUGGAGGCUUUGGAGAAAUGGAUCACCAUUAGAACUCGUUGAUCAAGUUGUCGGAGAGAGUUGUGACACCAGCGAAGUUGUCAGAUGCAUCCAUAUUGCAUUGUUAUGUGUUCAAGAAAAUCCUAUGGAUCGUCCAACCUUUUCGACGAUCAUCUUGAUGCUUACUAGUAACACAAUCACCUUACCUGUGCCUCACCAACCUGGAUUUUUCUUCCGAAGCGAUCGGGAUGUAGCAGCUGAAGACUUGGAGUCAGGUCAAUCUACUGGCAAAUUUCUUCCUUCCUCUAUCAAUGAUGCAACAGUUAGUGAUUUAGAUCCUCGUUGAAGACCAGAGUAUGGUUAUUGAGUCAUUUCUUAAUUGGCUUUAGAGCUCCAGUCCCUAUACAUUUUCUUCAAAUUGUAUUACACUCUCAUUUUAUUUUCUGUGACUGUAAAUUUGUAAUCGAGCUCUUUAAUUAAAUUUGUAAUCUCCUAUUAUUUCGUUAAUGAUACUCCGGACUUAUCUU